AUGGCUAAAAUCACACAGCUACGCUCUUACAGCGAGACCAGAUUCGACCACCGGGUUGCAGAUGGGUUUCCCUGCAGUAAUCCGACUGUCGACUUGUCCGUCAGCUGGGAUGCAACGGGAAAGAAUCUUCUGAUAUACCGACCCAGGGAACAAGUCGUGUCCAAAAUCCACCAAUUCGCAAAACCUGGCCAGCAAACACUACAACCACAAGCCGUGAGAUGGAAGCCGGAUGGUCAGUUCCUCGCUGUUGGUUGGAGUGACGGCUACGUGAGGUUGAUGGGCUUGGAGAACAACAAAGCUGCACAUCAUAUCCGGGUCUGUGGAGACAACACAACGGCAGCGCCCAACAUCACCCACAUCGGCUGGUCGCGCAAUACCGUAGGCAAAGCAGGAUUUCGGUACCAGAAGACAUCGUCUCAGCCGUGGCAGAAGCUCAUGUCGGAGGAGCUCGAACUACCUGCGGGGCACGCCUCACUAGAUUUUCCGCGAGAACUCACCUUCUUGGAGGUAGACUCGGCAUUGCCUAAGAUCAGCCCUUUGCCUAGCUCAAGUGCUGGAGCAGGCGAAGAUGGGCUGGUGUUUACGUUGCGGACAGGCAUCGAGUACCUAUUCCAACCUUUUAACAAUCAGGACAGUGAUCAGGUCUUCGUAAUGCUCGUGGGAACGAGCGAUGGCCACCUUCAUCUCAGCAUCUACGACUCUUUUGUUAUUGGCGACUUCCGAUAUACCCUGCCAAGCUCGAUGUACAGGCCGGGUGUCCUCCAGCUAGUCCAACAUGCUUCUCAUCCAGAGGUGUCAACCCAUGCUCUUUUCCUGAAACCCUCAGCCGAUGACGACCGGGCAUUGUACCUUGUACCUAUGGACCUACCUUUUAUUCCUUUAUCGCCGAUUAACAUAUCCCUCUUGGCGUCCAAACUCACGGCACUGCAAAAGUUGCUACGAUAUGUGAAGCAGACGCAACUGCAUAUGCAGGUGGAAUACAAGAAUACGAGGGAUCUGCCUUCCAAGUUCUUGCGCAGUGUAGAAGGGGACCUGGAGCAAGCUUCCCAUGGUCCGACGAACAUUGUUCAGGCGUUGUUCCAUACAGCUAUUACUGGCCACACAUACGAACCUGUUCGCGAAUGGCUCGUCGAUAGCCUAGCUGAGCGUGGUCAUAAACGAUGGGAUAAGGCUGUUGUAUCUGGCCUCGAAAACUUGCGAUGCUUGAUACACGAGAACAUGCUGCCCGCACUGGAGAGGUGCGCCAUCAUUCUUAGCCGUCUGCGUGGGCUAGCCCAGUUCUACGAUUCAAGGGAGGACAUCGGCUUUACUGUUGCGCAGAUUUCCCGUGCAAUGGACAUCGUCUCUUGCCUUACAUUGGUUGGUCACAGGAUCUUGCUCAACGUCAUGGAAGAACUCGAUCUCUUCAAUGCCUUCUCUACUUGGAUGCGAUUCCAGAUCGACCGUCUCGCUGCCCCAAGCUCGGCAAGUGAAGAUCUAACCGAAAAGGAAGCCACCAUGGAGAAUAGCAAGGUGCUGGUGUACGUUCAACGGUACCUUGUGGAAAGCCCCAUGGCCGUGUUCUUUGACGAAGUAUCCAAAGAAGACUACUCGACCAACUGGGAGCGAGCCGAUAGCGGAGCAUCAAUGCUUGAAGAUCUGGAUACGCAACUCAGGCGUUGGGAAGAGGGACAGCCUUAUUUAAAAGCCUUCCCGAAUGUCAGCUUUCUCGUCGAUUACCUUACUACCCGCGCGAACGGAAUCUUCAAAGAUAUUGCCGAAGCACAGAAGAGAAGUGUCCGCUUCGGACAGCCGACAAAGAUCGCCUUGAGCCGCAAGAUUGCUAGGUUCGAUUCCACAAUGUGCCCAGAAAAGAAGGAGGAGGAGAUUAACGGACUUAUCUUCGCGGCUGUAAUCGAAGAGGGCCAUGACCAGAGUGUCUUCAUCUUCCGCACGUCCAUCGGCAUCAUCAACGGCAUCAGCAGCAACGUAACCACCACGACUGCAGCUCUGUCUGUAGACGAUGGCAAGAUUGUCGACGUCAAGUUUCUGAACAGCAGCACGCUGAUUCUGCUUGUAUGCAAGCAAGGCAAAUCUGCCAACAUUGUUACAAUCCCAGUUCAGUCACAUAACAUUACAUACAUGCCCUACCAAGAGGGAAAUUUACCUAUGACGCAGGCCCUCUCUCAGCAGCUACAGGGCGAAGUAACCACAACCACGCUUCCCGAGGACCCGUCUUUUGUGCCGGUGCGCAUGGACGUUCAGGACGCCUCCGAUGCGCGUGGCGAAGUCCCCGCCCGUGUGUGUGUUCUAGGUGCUAACCGGACCACCUACAAGGUCUUCAGCCUCGGGUCUGGUCUAGACGACACGCAACUGCCGGAACCGGCGACACCCAGAGCGGCACAUGGCGCUUAG